AUGAUUCAAUCCGGUGCUUGCCUGAUAGCGAGUGCCAAUCACCGGAUAUUUUACCGCCAUUUCAGGCAAGACCACACUUCUUUACUGGAGGGAGAAGUACGCUUUCUUUUUAUUUUAACGAUCCCGUCCCUCGUUAAUUACACUCUUCUUCUUCUUCUUCUUCUUCUUCUUCUUCUUCUUCUUCUUCUUUAUGGCUUUUGUUUUUCAUGGACACAUCCAAAUUUUCUUCUUACGUUCGUCUUCUUCCUUCACCGCAUUACUUUCUUUUGUAUUUCUUCUUUUUGUUUUUUUAUCAACUUUUUUCCAUUUCGCUCAUUUUUCUUCCUUCUCACUAAUUUUCUUUCUCUUUAUUUCUUUCAUCUUUCUCUCUCCUCUUCUCUCUCUCUCCUUCUCUCUCUCUCUCUGUUUGUCUAUCUUUCUCUCACUCUUUCUUUCUUUCUUUCUUUCUUUCUUUCUUUCUUCUCUUCUCUUCUCUUCUCUUCUCUUCUCUUCUCUCUCUCCUCUUCUCUCUCUCUCCUUCUCUCUCUCUCUGUCUGUCUAUCUUUCUCUCACUCUUUCUUUCUUUCUUUCUUUCUUUCUUUCUUUCUUUCUUUCUUUCUUUCUUUCCUUCUUCUCUUCUCUCUCCCUCUCCUUCUCUGUCUGUCUGUCUGUCUCUCUCUCUAUCUAUCUCGUCUCCUUUUAAAUGAGUUGUUCUGUUUCUACUUUGUGCUGCUCCUUCUUCUUUACCUCUCCGUCUUUCCUUUUAACUUUUAUAAUAUUUCUUUCCGCUUUCCUUUCUUUGUUCUUCCUUCUUUUACAAUCAGACGGUUGUAA